AUGACUCAGCCUUCUCCAGAGCAUCCACAGCGAAGACGGCAUAAAUGCGUGGAUUUGUGCUGCUGGGAUAGGAUUGCCCCUGGAGCGACGCGUCCCUGGACUCUUGGACUGAUGGGGAGGAGGUCCGAGUUCCUGGAAAUAAACACAGCAGACUCGAGAGUUCCCGCAUGGCGUCGCAGUCAAAAAAGAAUGGAGCCUCCCCCUCGUGCGGCGGUGUUUGCUUUCCCUGGUCGGAGGAGGAGGAGAGGGAGGCCGCAACUUGUAAGCAAGGGAGUGUCCGGGAACCCGACUCGAGAAAAUGAAGCUCGGGGGGAGCGGGUCAUCGGAGGGGAGACACACCUGGAUUUGAAUGCUUCUACGCGCGCCGGGCUUGCGAUUCGCCGAAAAGAGUUUUCUCUCUGCCGGGCUGGUUUAUUCGUUGUUCGUAUAUCUGCAUCCGUACAGAUAGUGUAA